AAAACCCGGAGCAGCGGGAUGGCGCGUUUUGACUCUGCAAAGCGAGCAAACACCUCUGCGACGCCAGCUGUGAGAGCCGCGCAGGGGGCAUGGGAAUUGACGCUGCUCAUCACCCCCCUAGUCUCAAUCCCAACGCUGUGAAAAAACGCUGACUUUGCCAGAGCCCCAGGUGCAGCGGGGCUCGGUAAAAGAGGCACCUUUCUCCGUCCUCAUCCCAGUCCAAGCGCUCCUGGCUCUGAGGACGCCAAGAGACUCCAGAGUGGGUGCUAAAGCUCCCAGAGCGGGCAGCAGGUGUGCAGGGCUGGCCUCCGGGUUCCCGGUGACUCUCGGGCUGACGUCUUGCGCUGGGUAAAGGCCCCAGCCCCUUCUCGGAGCCGGCUGUCCAGCGCCACUGCAAACCGCGUCUCCCCGCAGCAUGGCCACCAGCCUCAGCCUGGAUCACCCUUGGCCGCUAAGCCUUCUGUCCGUCCAGCAGACCACGCUCCUGCUACUCCUUUCGGUGCUGGCCGCCGUGCAUGUGAGCCAGUGGCUGCUGAGGCAGCGGCGGCGGCAGCCGGGGUCCGCGCCUCCAGGCCCCUUCCCGUGGCCGCUGAUCGGAAACGCGCUGGCGGUGGGCCGGGUGGCUCACCUCUCCUUCGCGCGCCUGGCGCGGCGCUACGGCGACGUCUUCCAGAUCCGCCUGGGCAGCUGCCCCGUAGUGGUGCUGAAUGGCGAGCGCGCCAUCCACCAGGCCCUGGUGCAGCAGGGUGCCGUCUUCGCUGGCCGGCCGCCCUUCGCCUCCUUCCGCGUGGUGUCCGGCGGCCGCAGCGUGGCUUUCGGACAUUAUUCCGAGUACUGGAAGACGCGGCGGCGCGCGGCGUAUGGCACUAUGCGCGCCUUCUCCACGAGCCAGCCGCACAGCCGCCGCGUCCUCGAGGGCCACGUGCUGGGCGAGGUGCGCGAGAUGGUGGCUCUGCUGGUGCGCGGCAGCGCGGGCGGCGCCUUUCUCGACCCGAGGCAGCUGACUGUCGUGGCCGUGGCCAACGUCAUGAGCGCCUUGUGCUUUGGCUGCCGCUACAGCCAUGACGACGCCGAGUUCCUCGAGUUGCUCAGCCACAACGAGGAGUUCGGGCGCACCGUGGGCGCGGGCAGCCUGGUGGACGUGCUGCCCUGGCUGCAGCUCUUUCCCAACCCGGUGCGCACUGCCUUCCGCCAGUUCGAGCAGAUCAACCGCAACUUCAGCAACUUCGUCCUCGACAAGUUCCUGAGGCACCGGGAAAGCCUUCGGCCCGAGGCCGGCCCCCGAGACUUGAUGGACGCCUUCAUCCUUUCCGCGGAAAAGAAGGCGGCCGGGGACCCCGGCGACAGUGGCAAGCAGCUAGACUUGGAAGACGUGCCAGCCACCGUUACCGAUAUCUUCGGCGCCAGCCAGGACACCCUGUCUACCGCGCUGCAGUGGCUGCUCCUCCUUUUAGUCAGGUACCCUGACGUGCAGGCUCAAGUACAGGCAGAAUUGGAUCAGGUCGUGGGGAGGGACCGUCUGCCCCGGAUGGACGACCAGCCCAACCUGCCCUAUGUUAUGGCCUUUCUCUAUGAAGCCAUGCGCUUCUCCAGCUUUGUGCCUGUCACCAUUCCUCACGCUACCACUGCCAACACCUCUAUCUUGGGCUACCACAUCCCCAAAGACACUGUGGUUUUUGUUAACCAGUGGUCUGUGAAUCAUGACCCAGUGAAGUGGCCUAACCCAGAGGACUUUGUUCCAGCUCGAUUCUUGGACAAGGAUGGUUUCAUCAACAAGGACCUGACCAGCAGCGUGAUGAUUUUUUCAGUGGGCAGACGGCGGUGCAUUGGCGAAGAGCUUUCUAAGAUGCAGCUGUUUCUCUUCACCUCCAUCCUGGCUCACCAGUGCGAUUUCAGGGCCAACCCAAAUGAGCCCCCGAAAAUUAAUUUCACUUACGGCCUGAGCAUUAAACCCAAGCCAUUUAAAAUCAGCGUCACUCUCAGAGAGUCCAUGGAGCUCCUUGAUAGUGCUGUCCAAAAGUUACAAGCCGAGGAAGCUUGCCAGUGAGAAGCUGGAGGCAAGCAGAGAUUUUAGAACUACUCAAGUCUUGGGGGAUGGGGAGUAAAAUUCAGUUUUUUCUAGCCCCUGUUUUGUGGUGCCUCUCAGCCUCUAAGGUGAGCAUAAACCAACUGGCCCUCAGGGGAGGUGUGCUCCAUGUUGAGUAGCUCCUCCUGAGUGCUGGGCUGUGCACAGUCUCCUGGAAGAGUUUUUGCGUCAAUGAGUUAAAGGGUCCAAAGAAUUCUUAUACCUAUACUGGAUCCUGCUAAUAAAAAUCUCUUAAGGUAGCAUUCUUUGGAGUUAAAACACAUGCACAUACAUACGCACACAAACUAUCUAAUGAAGAGUUAUUUCAGUGACCAUGAAUUUCUAGGUGGGAUCCAAGAUUUAUCUUCCAUGUGCAGAAAUCUACUCCAUAGAAAACUAUAUUAAGCAAAGUUUCAGAGUAUAUUGUUGAAGAUACAAAGGCAAGUCAUUUCAGUGUAAGAUACGUGAUUGAGGGUGUUAAGGGGAAAGGUAAAGACCAUCUGAUAUUCCCUUCUCACCUUUUCA